AUGUACAGACAACUUUCAAAAACAGCAAUUGCACGUCAAACUGCAUCAAGAUUGGCCAAAUCUUAUUCAACAAAUGCAUCAACAUCAUCAUCGUCAAAGCUUAAUUCAAAAUUACUUGCCGGGGCUAUUGUACCAAUUGCGGCUGCGGUUGGGUAUAUGAGUUUCUCAAAUUCGAUAAGCAACGAGACUGUGCUUGGAGUGGCUGAUAAGUUGAGAAAGACUUUUGAAGAAGGUGACGCUUUGGGUAUUGAACAACAAGACAAAUUUGCUGAUGAACAACAAAGGUUGAAAUCUGAGAAGGAGGAUAAAGAGCUUGCCAAGAUUGAGAAACAAAAGGGUAUAAAUACCAAAAAUGCUGGUGGUCUUGACAGUACCGACCCAGCCUCGGAUUCAAAGACUAGAGAUGUUGCCUCAAAACAAUUGGACGAUGAUACAAGCAGACAUGAAGCUAGUGAUCCAAAGAAUGUGGAAAAGUCUAAAGAGAUUAGACAGGAUAUCAAGGAAAAUUUCCAUCCUGAGGGAAAGGCCCAAAAGAAGCCUACCAAGAACGAAGGCAGUGACGGAGAAACAGCGUAUAACCCAGAAACCGGUGAAAUCAACUGGGACUGUCCUUGCUUGGGCGGCAUGGCACAAGGUUCUUGUGGGGAGGAAUUUAAAGAAGCAUUCACGUGUUUUAUAUUUUCUGAUGCCGAACCAAAGGGAAUUGAUUGUGUCAAGAAGUUCGAAACCAUGAGAACCUGUUUCAAGAAACAUCCAGACGAGUAUAAAGAAGAAUUGUACAAUGGCGACGAUGAGAACAACACCGAGGUUGUGGAGCAUGUUGUUUUGGAAGUUGCUGAGCCAGCUGUCAAGGAGAUUGAAGAAGGUCUUGAUUCUGGAAAGCUUAAACCAAAGAAAUAG